AUGCUCGCAGAGGUCCUCCUCGUCCUCGGCGGCUACCCCUCCUCCCUUAUCACGCCGUUAGGCGUGGCCCCCGCCCUCGCCGAACACCUCCACCCCGGCGAGGUAGCGACGCUGGCCACCCUCGGCCGUCUCGCGGGUGACUACCGCACAGUACGCGACUGGGCUCACAGCACCCAAGGCGCGGCGCGCGGCGCGGUUCUCCACAAACCCCGACCAGGUGAACCACACGAAGCCGGGGUUGGACAAUACACCGCUGUCCUGGCUGGUGCGGUGUGUGGCGUGCUGGACGAGUACAUCGACCUCCUGGUGGAGACAGAGGCGCGUAUCCUCGCGCGUGACAACGCGGUGGUCCAGCCCUCCGACUCUGGCGCCUACGUCCCCCUCUCACUUCUCUUAGCCACUUUUGACGAGUGGCACGCCCCACUCGCCUCACUCACCGCUCUCAUCCAUUCCCUCCCCCCAACGCCAGGCGAGCUCCUCUCCCACCUCUCUACCCUUUCCUCUUCAGGCCACACGACCUUGCGGAGGAUAUACACCGCCCUCCUCGGCGCCGUGUGGCGCCUAUUCCUCUCCCACCUCUGCGUCUUCCUCCUUGAUGGGCUCGCACCAGAGUCCUCUUCUCCUGCCGCACCAGCCCUUGGCCUCGACGCAGGAGCAGAUCCACCCCACAGGCUGUACCGUCUCAACCCGGACCUCCUUCCCACCAGCGUUGGCGGAAGCGCGCGCGAGAGCAUCCUUUAUGUGGGGAGGGUCGCCGCUACGCUCAAACGCGAGGGUCGUGCCCUCCCGCGCGCCGUCACCGAGCCCGCACGACAGCGUGUCAUGGCCUCUGACCCUGGCGGGCUAAACAAGGCGCUGCAGUGUGUGCGUGCCGACGUCGGCGAGUGGCUGUGGACGCACAUCCUCACUGGCAAGCAAGUCGCCGAUGCCAUUGAAGGAUUCGCAAACUACUUCCUCACGCGCGAUGCCGACUUUGCCCUCAACGUGAUCCGCGAAAUCGCUCGCCUGCGACACGACCGCCUCGUGACCGCCAACCCCACGAGCUCGUCUUCCGUCAUCCGCCAGCACGACUUGGACCUGGCGCUCCUCCGCGCCUCAGUCGGGACGGACGUCGAGCGCGACAAGGGUCUCGAGGCGCUGCACUGGACGAUGCCACAGGGCCCAUUAAAACCCUCCUCGCUCCUCAUCCCACCAAAGUCGGAAGAUGUGCGCGGCCUCUUUGCUCCGGCCCUCCUCGGCGCCCCGAUCCAUCUCACAGCCACCGUCUCGUGGCCGCUCAACCUCUUCAUGACGCCGCCGGCCCUCGCAGCAUACGGUGAGAUGCAUGCGUACCUCCUCGCGUUGCGUGACGCCCACGCCCGUGUUCUGGACGUCUGGACGGCUCUAAGUCACGCACAGAGGAGGCGGAGACUGUACACGGGCACUCACGAAGGUGGCGCCGACGCCGAGGAGCAGGCACGACGAAGUGCGCUCGCCCGCUCGUCUUGGGGACUCGUGAGGGGGAUGUUAUUCGUCCUCGACCAGCUCCUCGGGCACUUCAUGGCGGACAUUGUCGGGACACAGCACCGUCGUCUCCUCGACACGUUGGGGGACGGCGGGACUCCGGGUCGUGGCACGGCGUAUCUCGACUUCUUGACAUUGCGACAAAUGCAUGCGCGACACCUGGCGUUCCUGCGUGAGGGGCUGCUGAUAGCGGACCGCGAGAGCGCGUUGUUGGUGAGGGAUAUUCUCGACACGUGUAAGGGUUUCUGCGGACUCGUUGAGCGGUGGGGCGGGGAUGUGCUCCCCGAACUGCUGUCCGACGACGAGGGGGACGUGGUCGGCGAGCGUGCAAAGGUGGUCGACGAGGUCAACGAUACACUCCACGACAUUGUCGCGGACCUCUUCCGCCUCCUGCUCGAGUCGCAGGCUCCGCCGCCUGUCGCCGACACGAGCAUGAGCGGCAGCGCGAGUGCCACGGGCUCGGUGUCCACUCGCGCAAGUAUUUCGAGGGCGAGUCUGAGCCGCCGCGUUGGGCUUAUGAGCAAGAGCCGCCUUGACGAGGGUGAGGUGGCUGGCCGACACGUUGAACAGCUCCUCCUCCGCCUCGACUUCAAUGGUGUCCUCACAGCUUGGCAGGAAGGACGAGUGGGCAGCGUGUUGGUGGGGUUGGAUUAG